CUGUGCCAUUCAAUCCAAAUUAUGGGAUUAUUUGAUAAAUUGGCAUGUUGGCUUGGUCUGAAAAAGAAAGAAGUUCAUGUUCUAUGCCUUGGAUUAGACAACAGUGGUAAAACAACAAUUAUCAACAAGUUAAAACCAUAUAAUGCUCAAGUUCAAGAUAUUGUUCCUACAAUAGGAUUCAGUAUAGAGAAUUUCAAAACAUCGAGGUAUUUAUCAUUUACUGUGUUUGAUAUGUCAGGUCAAGGUAGAUACAGAAAUCUCUGGGAACAUUAUUAUGGAGAUUGUCAGGCCAUUAUUUUUGUCAUUGAUAGCAGUGACAUACUAAGAAUGGUUGUGGCCAAGGAAGAACUUGACACUCUCUUGGCUCAUCCAGAUCUUAAACACCGCCGAAUACCAAUUUUGUUUUUUGCAAACAAGAUGGAUCUUAGAGAUGCUGUAUCCUCUGUUAAAGUCUCUCAUUUACUGACAUUAGAGAACAUCAAAGACAAGCCAUGGCAGAUCUGUGCUAGUGAUGCUCUUAAAGGAGAAGGAUUGCAAGAAGGUGUGGACUGGCUACAAGAUCAAAUUACACAAUCAGAUCCAAAUAAUGAAGACAUGAAAAGCUAAUAUGCUAAUGGAAAUAUUAAAUAUAAUUUAUAGAUACUGAAGGCCUCAGAGACAAAAACUUUAGGCCUGUGUGUUUUCUUGUGUUGGUUUUUAUAAAAGCCUUUAAAAAUAAAAUGGUAUUUUUGCUAA